UCACAGCUUUGCGAAGUGUGAGCUAUCCUGAGACUGAGUCUGCCCAUACAAUAACCUCAUAGUGUCGACAUGGUGUGCGAGGAAGAGAUGUUGAUUGAGAAAGUGUGCGAGCUGUAUGAACAAAUCUCGAGUCUCGAGAGUUUGAAACCUUCCAAAAAUGUCGACAUGCUUUUCACCCAACUAGUCCUCACAUGCAUACCCCCUAGCCCAAUCGAUGUGACUAAACUCGACAAAACCGUUCAGGAGAUUAGAUCACACCUUAUAAGGCUAUGUGGUGAAGCUGAAGGACAUUUAGAGACCCAUUACUCAACCAUCCUAGGCUCAUACGACAACCCCCUUGACCACCUUAAUAUUUUCCCUUACUAUUCUAACUACCUCAAACUUGGUCUUCUUGAGUUCACUAUCCUAAGCCAACACUGCACCCAUGUCCCUACAAAAAUCGCCUUCGUGGGUUCAGGACCUCUUCCUCUUACCUCAAUUGUCUUGGCCUCAAACCACUUACCCUCCACCACUUUCCACAACUAUGACAUGGACCCUUUGGCCAAUUCCAACGCCACUCGCUUGGUUUCCUCGGAUCCUGACUUGUCCAAGCGCAUGGUUUUUCACACCACCGACAUAUUAGAUGUGUCGAACGGUUUGAAGGAGUACGAGGUUGUUUAUUUGGCGGCUUUGGUGGGCAUGGACAAGGAGGGGAAGAACCGAAUCAUUGAUCACUUGGCAAAGAACAUGGCUCCAGGGGCACUUCUUAUGCUUAGGAGUGCUCAUGGGGCAAGGGCUUUUCUCUACCCUGUGGUUGAGCCUUGUGAUCUUCGAGGCUUUGAGGUUCUCUCUGUGUUCCACCCCACCGAUGAGGUCAUCAAUUCGGUUGUCAUAGCACGUAAAUAUCCUCAACCUGUGCCUAUGCACUCGCUUGAUCAGCAAGGCCUUGCUUCUAUGAUUCUACCCAACAAGUGUUCCGAGAUUCAAGCCUUCAACCCCCUCAACCAUGGGAAUAUCAUCGAGGAAUUGGCCAUUGAGGAGCAACUCUUGUGAAUUUAUUGCUUUUAUCCGCUCCGUGUCAUGGAGGUUAAUGGUUAAUUAAUUAUUGGAUCAUGUGGUACCAAACCUAGUUGCUUCAUAUUUCCACCUAUAUGUCCCACUGUUUUGUAUCUCAUCGAGCAAAACUUAAGUGUUUUACAUAAUCUUGUUCUUGGAUUUGCAAUAAGUAUAAAAGAGAUUACGUGUUUUAUUAGAUCGUAUCUCCCUCAAACAAACCAUGGCGACAUGAAUGCUAUAGCAUACCGUGUUUACUUAA